CCAGCCACUUCCCCCUUCCGGGGCCCAGCACUUCCUCUGCAGAGCCUUGGCUGGGUGGGUCUUAGCCUCAGCUCUAGCCCCAGAUGCUAAUGCUGUUCUAUGUGGUCAGGUCCCACCCCAGACUCAGCUGCAUCUUGGCCCGCAGCUAGGCUGGGAGGAGCUGUGGAUGGGAGCAGGGGGAGCCUUAGCCCUGCUAGCUUGGACAUCUGGGUUCUGUGACCAGCAGCUUUCGAGAGCCCAGCCAAGAAUGGAGCUACUACCUUUCUCUCACCCUCCAGCCUGCCUCCCCCCCAGAAAAUCCCACUGUCCAGGCUCCCAGGCCCCCUGAUCUAACCAUCAGGCACCACUCUCCUCCCAGGGCAAGGAAAAAACCCAAAUGUCUGAGCUGCAGUGGUGGGGCAGGGGGCUGCGAGUUGAGAACGAAGGGCGCUGGCAGGGUUGGGGAAGCAGGGGCUGCAGGUCAGGAAUGAGGGGCACUGGCAGGGCUAGAGGUGGUAGGGGGCUGUGGGUUGGGAUUGAGGGGUGCUGGCAGCCUGGGGGGGGCAGGGCCAGGCAACCAGGUGGCUGUGGCCGGAUGCUGGGGGUGGGGGGGAGUUGUUUUCCGGUCUCAGGCCUCGCUGAUCUCCCCCCUGUGCCUUCCUGCCUGCCCUCCACUUUCCAUGACCUCACGUCCUGUCCCUCCUGGUCCCUGGAGUCCACCUGGCCCCCCACAGCCACUGGUCCCCAACCUUUGUCGCACCAUGGCUGGACUGCUCCUCUGCUGUCUCCUAGCUGCCAGCUCCGGGUCCUGGUCCCAGGAGCUCAGGGUGUCUCAGCCUGGCUGGGCCCAGGGCCUGGAGGGUGGCUCUGUCACCCUGCCCUGCUCCUACAAGACCUCUGUGCAGGGUCCCCAAGUGGGCAGCUACCGCUGGGAGAAGGAGCCAGGGCUGAAGGUGGCCCCGGGGGUCCUGCCCUUUCAGGGGCGUCUGGGAAUGCCCGAGGCCAGGAUCUUCCUUGAGGAGGGCCGGGCAGACCUGGAGAUCCAUGACCUGCGGCACUAUGAUGCUGGCACCUACCACUGCCUGGUGACCCUGCACGGAGCACCUGAGGUGGCCGGCAAUGGCACCCGGCUGCACGUGGACAGGCCUGGGACAGGGACCAGCCAAACCAUGAACUCAUGGCUGUGGGGAGCCAUGGGGGCUGGGCUGGGGGCCAUGGGGCUGGUGUCAGUCAUAGCCGCCAUCCUGGUGUGUGUCCUACGCAGGCAGCGACAAGGCAGGAGAGAGACAGAAUCUCGAUGGGAGCACCCAAGACAGGACCAGGCUGCUGGGCUGGAGCCAAACUACGUGGAGCUGCGGGUGAAGAAGGGGCAUGACCGGGUGCCUCCUCAGGGGAAGCAGCUACCUGUGGUCUACGCAGCUCUUGCUGUGGGGCAGGGAACAUCCCCCUGGAGCCAUCGGGGGCAGUCAUGACUCCCCCCCCAUCCAGGUUGUGAACCCAGCAUGGGCCAGCAGGGGGCACCUGGGGCACAUGCAGAAAACCCAGACGUCCAGGACACAGGUCCAUGCUGCGCCCCAACUCACCAUCAGGUGGUGCCCUCUUGUCCUGCAGUCACUGCUCCCCCCAGCCUGGCUGGUGUCCCUCACUCCUGACCCCCAGCCUCCUGUCCCCCACCAGCCUGGCCGGUGCCCCUCACUCCUGACCCAGAGUCCCUUGUCCCUGCCUCCGCCUAGCUGGUGCCCCUCACUCCCAACCUGCAGGUCCCGGCUCCCUCCCCUCACAGCCCUCCUGAUGCCCCUCACUUCUGACACACAGCCCCUACAGCCUUGCUGGUGCCCCUCACACCCGGCCUGCAGCCCUCUGCCUCUCGCACGCUAGUGAACCCCCACAAAGGCAGGUGCCAGAAAUGUGUGCAUGUGUUGGGGCCGGGGGUGGGGAGGAGGGAGUUUCCAAGCAGCCCUUGUGUAACUUUCCGUGUACGUGUGUCUUGCUGCUUGUGUGGUUUUCUUAGCCAGGGCAUGAGACUUGUUAGAGCCCAGCUAACUAAUUUCCUGCCUCCCCACAACCCUGGCCCACCCCAGCCAGGCCUCAGCUCCUCGGCCAGCCUCUCCCCAUUCUUUAAAGGCCAAUACAAUUUCAUCUUGCUGCAGCGGAAACCAGAUGAGAUGCUUGAGGGGAAGAAACCACAGGGGAGAGAACAGGCCCUAGACAAGGGCAUGGGGGAGUGAGGGGCACCGGCAGGGCUGGGGAGCAGUGGAGAGAGAUUCAGGGCCAUGGGGCAGAGAAAAGCAGCUUUUCUUUGGGCUUUUGUGUUCAAAGUGGCCAUAGGGGUGACAUGGGAGGGGAGAAGCAUAAAAGGGGAGACGGGAGUAGGUUGUCUGGUUUUAGCCUUGUGAAACUUAGGAGAACCCGGGUCUAGCCUUUUCUCAAUAUCUACAUCUCCUAGACAUGUAUCUUGUGUGUUUAAGUCCCAUAGAAACACAUUCCUCAGCAAUAUGGCUCCUGGACCUGCGCCGCCCAUUGUUACAUCCUGUAGACCCAUGUUCUGCAUCACAACGUCCCCAUGACCCACACCCUCCAUCUGUACAUCCCUUACACCUGCCUGCUCCAUUUCUACAUCCCCUAGACCCAUAUCUAUCCAUUCCUGUGGCCCCUAGACCCAUGUCCUACAUCUCUACAUUCCCUAGACCCAUUUGCUCCAUCUCUAUGUCCCUGGACCUGCUUCUUCCAUUGCUACAUCUCCUAGACCCCAAUCCUCCUUUGCUACAUCUCUAGACUCUCAUCCUCCAGUUGUACUUCCCCUGUGUUGUCCAUUGCUAUGUACCCUAGACAUACAUCCCCUAUCACUAUAUCCCCUAGACCCCCAUCCACCAAUCGCUAUGUCCUCUGGACCCACAUUGUCCAUUGCUGUAUCCUCUGGACUCCAAUCCAUCCAUUGCUAUAUGCCCUGGACUUGUGUAACCCAUUACUACGUUGCCUGGUCCAUCUCUAUGUCCCCUGGAUUUGCAUCCACCAUAGCUAUAUCCCUUAGAUCUGCAUUCUCCAUCUCCACAUCCUCAUAUCCAUGGUUCCUGGACUUGUUUCAUCCAUCACUGCAGCCCCUGAACCUGCAUCCUCUAUCUCUACACCCCCAAGAACCAUGUCUUCCAUGUCCUCAUUCCCUGGACCCGUGUCAUCCAUCUCCACAUCCCUGAGACCUGUGUUGUCCAUCACCAUGUCCCCUAGACCCACGUUGUCCAUACGCCACUCUUCCCAACAAAGGCUUGGGCCAACCUGUAAUAAGACAAUUGAAUAACUUCCAAACCAGAAGAAAGACAAAUAGAGCAAAACAUCUUAUUGGCUCCCUUUUUUUCUUCUAUAUAAUGUAUGUUCAGAAAUGUAGAAAGAAAUUAAAAACAUCACAUUAAAAUCAUCAUCAUAUCGUUAAAUUAACCCCCCCCCCCUCCUCCCCUGGUAUUUGCCAACUUGGAUAUGAACACUUCAUACUAAAAAUGAACAAGAAAAGCAACAAUAGAACGUAGAUCUCUUGCCAGACAAGAACAAGGGGUCACAACAUAAAAUGAAUAGACAAGAAGAUUAAAGCUAAUAAAAGGACUUUUUUUUUCA